CUACUAUAUUCUGCUUCUAAUAAUCUUUCCAUAUAUAUUGCUCUUCUACUUUCUGCUUUUGUGCACAUCUAUUUGAAUUUACGUUUUAUUUGUGACUUCAACACUGCAACAAUGUCCCACGAGCAGAGCUACAGAUCUGGCGAAACCAAGGGCCAAACCCAGGCGAAAGUUGGUCAAACAAUGGAAAGCAUGAAAGACAAGGCCCAAGCAUCAAAGGACAGGACUUCUGAGACGGCGCAUUCUGCCAAAGGAACGGCGCACGAUAAGACGAGUGGAGCAGCUCAGGCUACUAAGGAUAAGGCGGCUGGAGCGGCUCAGGCAACCAAAGAUAAGACAAGUGGAGAAGCUCAGGCUACUAAGGAGAAGGCCAGUGGAGCAGCUCAGGCUACAAAAGAUAAGGCUUCAGAAAUGAUGGAGUCGGCUAAAGAAACGGCAACAGCUGGUGAAGAGAAAGCAGGGGGAAUCCUCCAGCAGACGGGACAACAAGUGAAGAGCAUGGCCCAAGGUGCUGCUGAUGCUGUGAAGCACACUUUUGGCAUGGCUGAUACUGAUGAGGAUCCUAAUGUCACAAAAAACAAGACUUUAGAUCACUAAACUAGCCUAGUCUAGUGGGUUUUUUUAUGCCUUGGAUCUCUUUAGUUUCUUUCUCGAUGGAUUCAAGUAGUCGCGUAUCUUUUGUGUUUAGCAGCUUGUUUGUUCCUUGGAAGUUUCCCUCUUUUGAGGGGACAUAAUAAAAGAUUUCCUCUUCUUUGUA